AUGACAGAAGAAGGUUUGGAAGACUGGGUUAUAAGAAGCCGCUUUCUUCAAGACAUUAAACAAAGGUGCUUAACUGUGGCAUGGCAGAAAGCAGCUGUCCCCAGUGUGGUCAUGUUUGGACUUGUCUUGGAGGGGAUUUUCAUCUACAGACUUCACCAAAGGACAGAGGAACUUUUUCUAUCACAGCACUCACUUCAGAACCAGUCGAGACCCCAUCCAUCCGCUGGUAUUCAAAUGCAACAGUUGGAAUCUAUAGAGUCCAAUGAGAUUCCAACAGCAGUAUUGCAUUCAGAUGGAGAUCACAGACCAAUGGCACACCUUCAGGGAACAGAUGGUGUGGUGCAGUGGGUCAGAAAAAGUGAGAGCUUCACCAGUCACAUGGGCUACAACAGCAGUGGGCUGCAGAUCCAGAAACAGGGCUUCUACUACGUCUAUUCCAAAGUGCACUUACAGGAGACAGACGACUGUGUGAUGGUAAACCACCGAGUUGUCCGGAACACCACGCACUACGGCCUGCCUAUUGAGCUCAUGAGGGCAAAGAGUCUACAUUGCCGCAAUGAGCGCCCAAACCAAAAGAAAUGGAAAGAGGAUACCAAUUUAUGGAACAGUUUUCUUGCCGGGAUUUUCGAGUUGGAAAUUGGAGAUCACAUUUUUGUCACACAGGACAAAGGACUGUACUCAGGACCUGCUGAUAACUUCUUUGGAGCGUUCAGAAUUUAG